AUGACCAAGAAGAACUCGACCAAGGCCGAGCUUCUUGCACACAUCCAAGCACUCGAACAUCGUGUGGCCGGAUCAUCUUCGGGGAUGGGCAAUGCAGUAGACAACCUCGCUCAUAGGAAGCGCACCCCUGUCGAAUACACGGACUCUAUGGUGAUCGCGUUGCUAGAGCUUCGCUUCAAUGCUUACAGCAACGCGUUCAACGGCAGCAGAUCGGCAAAGCAACUCAACUUGCUCUGGGAAAAAUUGACUGUGCAGUUCAACAUCGCAACGAACCAAAUCAUCAAUAACAAGCUGCGAAAGCUUCGUGCAGAGUUUAUGGUUGUCCAAUGCGCCUUGGUCCAGACCGGCAACUCCAACAAUGAUGAGUAUACAGUACCAGAAGCCAAAAAACGGAAGGCAGAAGUCGUCAUGGAGUUGAAGCUGCAACGCCAAGGCCGCAAGAACGCUCAAACUGACAUCAGCCAGGGUCUGGAGAAGUUUGGCAAUACCCUCGGUGCCGCAAUUGUUCAGGCAGCCAAUAACCCGACAUGGCUGCGCAAAUGGCUAAACGUUUGGAAGUUGCUGAAAGCACGAAGGCCAGCAUCGAUAGUUCCAACCAAGUUCAAAUGA